GCCCGCGGGCCGCCCAAUGCCCAGGUCUGGUUUACAGUAUAAAUGUGUGGAUGUCAAUGUAAACCAAGAUCAGAUGGCGACUGCAGAUAUCCAGAUAUGUCUAAUUGUCUUUAAUCUAUCUUCUAUCUUCAUGCAUGUGCGUCUUCCUUCAGCGAGGAUGAUGAUGGUGAGCGACGACUGUCUGGUGGAGUGUAAGAUUGAUGAUGACAGUGAUGAGGCAGAUGGAGGAGAAGAACAAAUAAGUAUACCUCCUCCUCCUCCAGAGUUUGCAUCCAAAGCCUCGACUCCAGCGCCCAAACCUCCGACCCCUCCCACAGCCCCUGCUACGCCCACCCCUACACCCACACCUACACCUUCACCUACACCCUCACUCUCAUUGGUCAACAGGGACCCUCACGGCAUCAACCAACACCUACAGGUGGAGGUUAGUGAUGUACUGGCGGAGCCCGCCACACCUCGAAGCAUCGACCGAGUGUGGCUUUACAGUGUCGGUGGCUUCGAGAAGACUCGUAUCUGGACGUACCGCUGCCUCUCCUUGCUGUUAGCUGUGCCCUUCGCUCUCCUUUGUGGUAUUUUCCUGGCUGUCCUCGCCUGCCUACAUGUCUGGUUUGUGGUGCCUUGCAUACAGCUGAGCAACACCUUCCUCCCAUGCCUGCGGUCCUUGUGUUUGUGUGCUGUGAAUGUGUUUAUCUCUCCCUUCUGUACAUCUCUCGCUCUCUGCUGCAGCCAAAUCGCAAUUACACUAUCCAACAAGGACUGGCAUCCAAUGAAAGACAAAGAGACUGUAUGAAUGUGAGACAUAACGAGUGACAUCAAGUGAGUGAGUGAG